GGAAGAACGCAUGCUCAGAUCGAAAUCAUCUGCUCCUCCACCUCCACCCGAAGCCGAGUUUGGCGUGUGUGAGAGACUGCACGUAGCAGCUCAUAGUAAGGAGAGGAAAACCAUCGUUGCCAGCAGAUGGCGAGUUCAAGAGAGAGGAUACGCCGACGAUAAAGCUCGACUGCUCACCAAGACGCCUCAGUCAGACUAGAAGGAACUAGGUGGCAACACAAGGACGCAGCCCACAGGAAGAACCGGACUCCGGGAGCGUGGAAGUAAAAGAGGAGCAUUUGCUAUUGUGGUGUGAAAAUCACAGCAAUUAAAGAAUGGGCCGACUGAGUGGUGUAUUGAUUUUGAGUUGUUUAUUUCACACUCUCCUGGCUCAUGACUUCUACACCUCUAUUGGUCAGAUGACUGAUUUGCUGUAUAUAGAGAAAGACUUGGUGACUUCGCUAAAGGACUACAUCAAAGCAGAGGAGAGCAAACUUGACCAGGUCAAAAAAUGGGCUGAUAAGCUGGACUCUCUGACCGCCACGGCCACGCAGGACCCAGAGGGCUUCCUGGGGCACCCGGUCAACGCCUUCAAGCUCAUGAAGAGGCUCAACACAGAGUGGGGAGACCUGGAGAACAUGGUGCUGAAGGACACCACAGAUGGUUUCAUCUCUAACCUGACCAUCCAGAGGCAGUUCUUCCCCACAGACGAGGACCAGACGGGAGCAGCGAAAGCUCUCCUCAGACUGCAGGACACGUACAUGCUGGAUGCCAACACCAUCUCUACUGGAAACCUGCCUGGUGUGACCCACAAGAGCCCCAUGACGGUGGAGGACUGCUAUGAGCUGGGCAAGAUCUCGUACACCGAUGCGGACUACUACCACACCGAACUCUGGAUGACCCAGGCCCUCAAACAGCUGGACGAGGACGAGGAGUCCCCCAUAGACAAGGCCACGGUCAUGGACUACCUCAGCUACGCCAUUUAUCAACAGGGGGAGCUGGAGAAAGCCCUGGAGCUGACUAAGAGACUUCUGAAACUGGACCCAACACACCAGCGCGCCAAUGGGAACCUCAAGUACUUUGAGUUCCAGCUGGAGAAGCAGAGGAAGGAGGACGAGGCGGAGAAGGCCAAGGCCACGCAGACGAGCCAGGUGAAGCUCAACGACACCGAGAAGAGGGAGGCGCAGAGGAAGCGCUCCAGAGACCCCCUGCCGGAGAGGAAGGUGUACGAGAUGCUGUGCAGAGGAGAGGGCCUCAAGAUGACUCCUCGCAGGCAGAGUCGGUUGUUCUGCCGCUACUAUGACAACGGCCACAACCCGCAGUACCUGCUGUCUCCAGUGAAGCAGGAGGACGAGUGGGACAAGCCCCGCAUCGUGCGCUUCCACGAGAUCCUCUCUGACGGCGAGAUCGCCAAAGUCAAGGAGCUGGCCAAGCCCAGGCUAAGGCGUGCCACAGUACAUGACCCCCAAACUGGAAAGCUCACCACCGCUCUAUACAGAGUCUCCAAGAGUGCCUGGUUGACGGCGUACGAACAUCCACUGAUUGAGAAGAUAAACCAGCGAAUUGAGGACCUCACUGGUCUUGAGAUGGACACAGCAGAGGAACUUCAGGUGGCAAAUUAUGGAGUAGGCGGUCAAUAUGAGCCUCACUUUGACUUUGGCCGGAAAGAUGAACCUGAUGCGUUUAAAGAGCUGGGCACAGGCAAUCGCAUUGCCACGUGGCUCUUUUAUAUGAGUGACGUGGCAGCAGGGGGCGCCACAGUAUUUCCAGAUGUGGGAGCGGCCGUGUGGCCCAAGAAGGGAACUGCAGUGUUCUGGUAUAACCUGUUCCCCAGCGGGGAGGGAGACUACAGUACCCGACAUGCAGCCUGCCCUGUGCUGGUGGGAAACAAGUGGGUAUCAAACAAAUGGAUCCACGAAAGAGGGCAGGAGUUCAGACGACCCUGUGCCCUGGACGAGGCGGCAUCAUGAGACAGAGAAAAAGCGCUCCCCUGUUUCCCUUCCCUCUGACAACAACACCCCCUACUACACUCCAACCAUCAGGAAAUGGACUUUGACAAUCAGCUCAUCUGCCAUCUAUCUCUCUGUGCCUCUGUCUGCCUCCCUACGAACAGCCCCUCCUGUCAUGUAAGGUGCCCCACCCCACCCACAUCAGGGUGGAUCCAGUGGCAGGCUACUAGCCCACGGCCACCAACUGCCAUCUGUGCCUCGUAGACCUCUCACCGCAGGGCUAAAUGAACUCUGCAGUACUGAGGGGGAACUCAACAAGUCUCCUCUUUUAUUACAGUUCUAUCUGUGCUCACAACCCUUCUCAUAAAGUCAAUGUAGGUCACAUAAAAAUGGAAAAUACUUUUCAUUGUUCACGUCUUUGCACUUUGGAGUGGUAGCGGUCGUAGUAGUAAGUGGCUUGUUUAUUAGGCAGACAGCGUUUGUUGAAGAAAGGUGAAAAGUUGAGCCUUUUUGAUGUGUAUUUAACCUUUGCCAGCAGUAGAAAACAUAUGAUCACACUGAAUUAGGGAAGGCACGUUUUGCCUGUACUGUGAGCCCCAUGGUGCCCUUGUCAUCCCUGAAGUUGGAAUUGGCAGAAUACUGUUAUGAGCAUUGAAAGCAUCCAAGUCAUUUGAGUUCAGAUCCAUACCAUGAGCCAGACUUUUGUUGAAUUAGCCUAGUAGGUGUAAGAUUCUUUAUACGCCUCUUCAAAAAUCAUAUGCAGUCUUGUUUGUGGCCUUUUAUGAACGAAGGAAUCAACGUUCAUGAUAUUAUAACAAAAAACAUCAGCCACUGGACAUG